UGUAGGUUGGAGUGUGUUUCCCCGCUGCUUCAGUGGAAACUUCGGAUAUGAAUGUGGACAGGGAUGUGGAUCUGAGCAACGGCCUCGAAGAUGUUCCUGUUUUGAUCGACGGGAGUUCAGGUGGAAAGACAUUUCCUGAAUUUCAGUAUUCCCCAGAUAAUAUUCAGGGACCAGGAUGCACUGUUGACCCCAGUGAAGUCACCCUUCCUGGAUGUUCCUGCCUUUCCCACUCCUGCUUUCCUGAGAGCUGCUCCUGCCUGCAGACACAUGGGCAGGCAUACGGCAGCACCGGCACACUGCUGAACCUUAGCAGACCAGACUGCGCUUACUGCUCGCCUUCGUUUGAGUGCAACGCCCUUUGCACCUGCAGCGACGCCUGCUCUAACCGGGUGGUGCAGAGAGGACUGAGAAUCAGGUUGGAGGUUUACAGCACCAAGAACAGGGGCUGGGGAGUACGGACACUGGAGGCAAUCCCACACGGGACGUUUGUGUGCGAGUAUGCAGGAGAGGUGAUCAGCUUUGAGGAGGCCAGGCGCAGACAGCUUGCACAGAAAUCCGAGGAAAACAACUACAUUAUUGCCGUGAGGGAGCACGCAGGCACAGGCUCAAUCACUGAGACGUUUGUGGACCCUGCCGUGGUGGGAAACGUAGGCCGCUUUCUCAACCACUGCUGCCAGCCAAACCUGUUCAUGCAGCCAGUCCGUGUGCACUCGGUGGUUCCUAAACUGGCGCUGUUUGCUGGACGGAACAUCGAUGCGCAAGAAGAGCUGACGUUUGACUACUCAGGAGGGUACAGUAACCAACCUCCUGUAGAGCUGCUGUCCACUCAGAGUGACGCUGCCAUACAGGCCAGUAGGACAGAUGGACUCCAGAGGAAAGAGUGCCACUGUGGUGCCAACUGCUGUGUUCGGUUCCUUCCACUAGAUUUAUCUGUUCUGUACUGAAAUUAGUCUGACACUGACACUUCAUAUCAUGUUUGUUUUCAUGUGAAGAGAUGGACUUGUUUCUGAAUGAUGGAGAAAAGAUUUUUGUCAAGCCUGGUGCAUUUUCUCCAAAUUUUAUGUGAAACAUUGUUUAUUUAGUUUGCAUCUUGGUCUAUUUUCGGUUUCUGUGAAAUCUUGGUUAACUCAGCCACUCAUUAAAACAAGACAAUGCAACAUGUUGGUGGCUCCAUAAAGAUAAUCAGCUGGAUGAGUCAUGUCUAUGCCCGUCAUUGUUUCCUGUUCGCCCUCCCCCCCAGUGUCUCCUGAUCUGCAACUGUCUCCCGCUCAGUGUAAGAUGAUGCAAUGAAAACUAAAGCUGAAGACAGAAAAAAAAAACAAGGUUUUUUUCUGGGAGAGUAAACUUGUUGACAUUCCUGUCCUUUAUUUCACUUGUACAAUCCAUUUCAUCAUGAUGCUUGUUCCCACCAGAUUUACAGUCUUGCAGCUGUAAUCUUGUCUUGCCACAUAAGUCCCAUUUCUCACACGACAGAUGAAUCUGAAAGGAGCAGCAGCAUCAUUUCCACCGACAGGGAUGAGAUGGAUGUUGUUCAGUGGGUUUCUUUUAAUAGCCACAUAGGCUACAGAAUUUAUCUUUAUGCCCUUAUGGAUGCUGAAGCUUCUCGCAAUAAGAUGUCAUGUCAGUCAAAAACAAAACAUCAAAAUUCUCAAAGUAAUAGCUGUCAUAUGUUCCCAUCAACCUGACAUUUCUUUUCUGUCUUCAUGUGAUCCAGCCUCCCGUUGUAGAUAUUCUCAGCUUCUCAUCGCACUCAAACCUCUGGAGAGUGGGAGCAAUUAAAAAGGGCCAGGGGGUAUUUUUUUAUAUAGAAACAGACUUUAUUCCCCUGUCAGAGGAGGGGCGAAGGUGUCCCACUUCAGUGUGACCAUUCUGAAAUCAGGACCUCCGUUCAAUCUGCCCCGUUUCUAGUCUAGACCUGCUUUCAUCUUAUUAAUAUCCACAUCUGGGUUAAUUAGGAUGGAGACCGUGUUUCAUCCAGAAAUGGGACCAGUGGUCCAGCCACACUGGGGCUGACAGAGACUAAAUGGUGGGGGGGGAGAUGGAAGCCCUCUGCCGAUCAGAGACCGCUGUCAAGUUGAUUGGUUUCUGUGUCACCCCGUGGAGAGGCAAAUGGUGCAGGAUGUUGUUGUUUUGACCUAUAUUUUCUCCUCUGUGAGGGUUACCUGAUAUUUCUUUCUGUUCAAAUUGGGCUGUUUGCUUUGUGCCUGAUCUGAUCUACACACAGGAAUUAAAAACUAAUCUUAAACAUU